GCUUCCGGCGUGUCGCCGAGGAGGGAGUGAGGGAGCGGUAAGAUGGCGGCGGCGGCGGUGCUGGAGUUCCAGCGCGCCCAGUCCCUGCUCUCCACCGACCGCGAGGCCUCCAUCGGCAUCCUGCACUCCAUAGUGAAACGUGACGUCCAGGAGAAUGAUGAAGAGGCGGUGCAAGUCAAGGAGCAGAGCAUCCUGGAGCUGGGCUCGCUUUUGGCCAAGACUGGGCAGGCAGAAGAGCUGGGAGGACUCCUGAAGUAUGUUCGACCCUUCUUGAACUCCAUCAGCAAAGCAAAGGCCGCCCGCUUAGUCCGAUCCCUGCUCGAUCUGUUCCUUGAUAUGGAGGCAGCAACAGGACAGGAGGUUGACCUGUGUUUAGAGUGUAUUGAAUGGGCCAAAUCAGAGAAGAGGACUUUCCUACGCCAGGCUCUGGAGGCGAGGCUGGUCUCUUUGUACUUCGAUACCAAGAGGUACCAAGAAGCACUGCAACUAGGCUCCCAGCUUCUUCGGGAAUUGAAGAAGAUGGAUGACAAGGCAUUGCUGGUGGAAGUGCAGCUGCUAGAAAGUAAGACUUACCAUGCCCUGAGCAAUCUGCCAAAAGCAAGAGCAGCCUUAACCUCUGCACGGACCACAGCCAACGCAAUCUACUGUCCCCCCAAGCUGCAAGCAGCGUUAGACAUGCAGUCAGGUAUUAUCCAUGCAGCAGAAGAGAAGGACUGGAAAACAGCUUAUUCGUAUUUUUAUGAGGCGUUUGAGGGAUAUGAUUCAAUUGACAACCCAAAAGCCAUCACUGCGCUCAAAUACAUGUUGCUGUGCAAAAUCAUGCUGAACAUCCCAGAAGAUGUGCAAGCAUUAGUGAGUGGGAAGCUUGCUCUGCGGUAUGCAGGAAGACAGACAGAAGCACUAAAAUGUGUGGCACAGGCCAGCAAGAACCGAUCGCUGGCUGAUUUUGAAAAGGCUCUGACAGACUAUAAGGUGGAGCUCAGGGACGACCCCAUCAUUAACACUCACUUGGCUAAGCUCUACGAUAACUUAUUGGAACAGAACCUGAUCAGAGUCAUCGAACCCUUCUCCAGAGUACAGAUUGAACACAUAUCCAGCCUCAUCAAGCUCUCAAAGGCUGAGGUAGAAAGGAAACUGUCACAGAUGAUCUUGGACAAGAAAUUUCAUGGCAUCCUUGACCAAGGCGAGGGAGUCCUCAUCAUCUUCGACGAACCCCCUGUAGACAAAACGUACGAAGCUGCCCUCGAGACUAUUCAGAACAUGAGUAAAGUAGUGGAUUCGCUCUACAACAAAGCCAAGAAGCUAACAUAGAGCUGAAUUUGCUGUCAUGUGGAGCGUGUGUGUGACAGGAGAGUGAAACCUUGGGGAAAAUGUUAGGAGACUUUAUUAUUAUUUUUUUUUUUCCUUUUUUUCUUUAUUUUUUCUUUUUCUUUUUCUCUUUGUUCUACUUUUCGCUCGGAAAGUUUUUAAACUUCCUCAUCCAGUGCAUCCUGUAUCCAUACGAUGCGUGUUCCAGUUUCCAUGUAAUCUUUACUGGCCGAACUUUGUAUCCGGGGGGGGAAUAUUGUUUAAACAAAGAGGGUAUUCUAAAUAAAAGGAAAAAGGCUUACACUACCUAAACAUGUGCUUUCCACUUCCUGAGGGAUGGCAGAGAGUUAAGCAGGGACAAAGUUUUGUUACCAGUAGGUGCCCAAAACAAGUUUGUUUCAUCUCUCCCUCUGCUCUCAAAGCUGAGACUUGCAGUGUGUAACAGCCAAGUUGAUUCCAUUUGUACUGAACCAAAAGAGACCCAAAAUGUACAGACUGGUGGUGUUUGGUUUUGGAUCCUCAAGGCCUCAGAUCCCCUCGAAAGCAGCUCCCCAGUGAUGUUCCCAACGGCUUCAGUGCCCGAGGACCGCGCUGCGGAGCUGCCCCAGCCCCAGCCCCCCCAGCGCCGGGGCCGGGUUGUGCUGCAGGGAGCAGCGCUCCUCCCCGAGGCCUGGUUUGCAUGCUCCUGUUUAGACUAGACUAGAGUGUCCGUGUUUAUCCCCCCCACACACCUGCACUGGUAGGAAGAGCAGGAGAGCAGCGUUCCCAAGGCUUCACCUCCCUUCACCGGCGCCAUCAGCCUCCCAUUGACCUCUGCUGCCGUUGGGGUUCCUUUAUUUUCCCAACAGCCGAUGGGAGACAGCUUGGAAUGUGCCAGUGCAGCGCCCAUGGGGAGCCAGGGUCGGUAGGUGGGGUGGAGCAGGGCGUGCUGCAGUAUGUGUCACUGUCUGGUGAGGUUCGAGCUGGGUUCAAUGCCAUGUGGGCAGUGUAAGCUUCCACGGCUCUGUCCUGCUCAUCUCCAUCUCCCUCCCUCUGUCUCUCUUUCCGUCUCCACGUUUUUCUUACAAGCCCCCUAUUUUGUACAAGGGUUCUGUUAUGGCAGGAGCUAUUUUGCCUUCGCUCACUCUUUAGACUGGCUGAUUCUUUUCCUGCUUUUCUGUUCACAUUUUAACCUCUCCAACAUCUGAUUUUAUGAUUUUAUUCUUUUGUUUCAUUUCCAUCUCAUCCCGUCGGUCGCUGUUUGGGUUUUUGGCACCAUCAAUAUCAAAUGUACAAACGGUUCUUGCUAACCAGCACCAGGUAUAUCUGAUGUUCAGAUGAGUUCCAAUAAAAUAAGUUUUUUUUCAAA